AUGGCGUUCCGCGUGCCAGCUCAGGUACCACACCGACGAACCUCUUAUUCAAACUCGCAACAACCUCCCCCUCUCGAUUUCCCUCCUCCCACGCCGGCACAGCAAGAGGAUGAUACCACGCAAUGGGUGCUCUUCUCCCCGACCGCCCGCACGCACACGACCUCCACAGAGCGCACUCGCACCGUCGGAGCAUCACGCCUGAGUGACUUUGGCUCCUUCGGCACUGCAACUCGAUCCGCUGCUGGCCAGGAGGGCGAGGGGGAGGAAGAGGAUGAUGACGCGCUGGACGAUCAGCUGGACGAGGAUGGUACUGAGCUGGACAGCUUGGACGAUGGGUUGCACGCCUUUCGUGCUCCCUCGCUGGCCCCCGCUUCCCCCUCGAGGGUUGAUCAGGGGCCACCGGCUAUGCUCCCGGCUCAUGAUGGGCUAGGAAGCUUCCAAGCGUCUAGCCAGUUGGCUCAGGACCAGCUGUGGCUGCAUGAGCAGUAUAACCCGCAACGGCGGGAGCAGGCUCUUCCUCGACAUCGUCGACGUUCUAGUGUCCAGCGCCAUCUGGACACUGUGAAUGAACAGGAGUCCCAUGUUGAGCGGGAUCGGUGGCAGAGGAUCGAGCAAUGGCGGAUGGACCAGAGCCGGGCACUCUUGCAGGAGAUCGAGCGUGAGACUCGUCGACAUCGGUCCAGUCGUGCGAGUGUAUCUACCAUCCCGCGCUCCGUGGACUAUGCCUCGCCGCCUACGAUCCCAGAGACUCCCGCCGAGGUCGCUGCUCCCGUCGAAGCCGACGCGGAGAUAGACGAGUCACUCUGGCGUCGUAUCACACGCAAGGUCAUCCAAGACUUGAUCGGGAUCGACGAUACCCUGCUCUCUGUCAUUCUCGGCGAGUCCCUGCCGCUAGACGCGCAAACCGCCGAGAAUGACUUACCAGAGCUGGACAUGGAAACCGUGCUGGCACGUGAACCUGACCCUGCGAAUGUCGACGCGCCUCCCUGGCAGGCACGAGUUCUCCAGCGAAUCGCCCACGAGCUGGGUAUUCUGGUGCACCAGCUCUGCGAGCAUCCCGGGGCUUUUACCUCAUACUACCAAAUGACCAAGGACAUCUCGAGUGAAUAUGCAGGCAUGUCACUCAACCGUCUCGCCGACAGUACCACGACCACCACCUCCUCCUCCGUACGACCCUCCGAACCACCCGCUCAACCCUCAGCCGAAACAACUAACUCCGACUCCAUGCUCUCCCCACACUUCACCCCGACCAUCCGCGACCCGAACCGCGAACACGAAGCACAAUGGGGAAUCGAAGACGAGGAUCCUACCGCCGAACCCGUCUCCGAAUCAACCCGUCUCCAACAGGAGCAAGAGUACUGGGAACGCGGACUAGAUGUGAUGAUGGUAUUCCGCUACCUGCACACCCGCUUCAGUCGCCGCGGAUACAUGUCCAGCGAAAAGUACACCGCCACUCCCACCCCACGCCAAAACCAGGAUGCCUCGCGUCGCGCCGCGAUCAUCCGCCAACAUCACCCCCUCGUUGCUCGUGCGCACUCCCGUUCGCAAACUCAGACUCGUCGUCCGUCCCAGCUUUCUGGUGUCUCUGGUGCCGCGGGUGUCUCGUCGCCGCUGGUUCGGCCUCACCUGCGUAGACCGAGUUCCAGUUGCGCUAGUCAGAGCAAGCUCUCGGCUAUUUCGAGCCGGAGGACUCUGACAGGCUCGAGCAGGAAUUACUGGGAUAUUGGUGGGUCGGUGGAGAGCAGUAGUGCAAUUGGUGUGGGAGCUGGACUCGGUACGUGGGGCGAAGCAUGA